UUGUCAAAUGUCAAUUGUGAUUUGAACAAUUGCCAUUUUGUUGAAAGAACUCCUGUGCUGUCUCCUGUUUGCUCUUAAUUAAUCAGCGUAAUCAAGAAGGCUUUACAGUCAAUUUAAUACAUUAUCAAUUUAACAUUUACUCUAUUACAACCAUGAGUAGCAAGAAUAGUAAUUAUAAUGAGGAUUUGUUUGAAUACAUUAAAGUCAGUGAAGACGAGGAUGACUCCAACGCCGUUGAAAUACCGUGCGAGUUAAACGGGACUUUGUUAUUAUCCACAUUAGUCGCUCAAUUUCCAGGCGCUUGCGGGCUGAAAUAUCGCCAUCAUGAAAGCAAAUGCAUUCGCGGAAUUCGGCUCAGCGAAGGAAAGCUUCAUCCACCUUCAGAAGCAGGAUGGGGAAAGCAUCUAUAUAUUUGUGUAUUUCCCAAAGAAAAUAAACGAAAGAUGGAAGACGUGUCCCCCGAAAAUUCUGCGGCUAAAACUAAGCGUUUAGAAAAAAAACUCAUAUGUUCUGACUUAAUAUGUCUCGGAUUACCUUGGAAAUCUACUGAAGAAUCUAUUAAACAAUAUUUUGAACAGUUUGGAGAAGUUGUAAUGGUUCAAUUGAAGAAAGAUAAAAACGGAGCGUUCAAAGGUUUUGGUUUUAUUAGAUUUGCAACUUACGCCUCACAAAUGAGAGCAUUGGCUCAGAGACACAAUAUUGAUGGAAGAUGGGUUGAUGUGCGUAUACCUAAUUCGAAAGAAGGAGUGGUUCCACAAAUGCCUUGUAAAGUAUUUGUUGGCAGAUGUACUGAAGAUAUGACAGCUGAUGAUCUUAGAGAAUAUUUUUCAAAAUUUGGUGAAGUUACUGAUGUAUUUGUUCCGCGUCCAUUUAGAGCAUUUGGCUUUGUAACAUUCUUGGAUCCUGAAGUAGCACAAAGUUUGUGUGGAGAGGAUCACGUUAUUAAAGGUGCCUCAGUUUCAGUCUCAAGUGCUGCACCAAAAAUUAAAAGCAAAAAUAAUCCAAAUUGGAAAGAUGACUCUUAUGGCUCUAGCAAUUGGGAAGGAAGACCCAGCAGUGGAUCAAGCAACACUGGUGGAGGUAGCACUAUUGAUUCUUUAAACAUGCAGAACUUGGGAAUCAACCCAAAUGGUGGUGGACCACCAGCAAAUUUUAAUCUACCUAUAAGUCUUGUUGCUGCUGCACUGAAUCAGGCAGGGUGGGGAGGAUUUUUAGGAGGUCCUAACAAUUCAGGACCUAAUAAUUGGGGACAAAAUGGUCCACCCCAAAGUGGCAAUACAGGCAAAAAUUGGAAUAACAAUGCAAACUGGAAUCAAAAUGGGCCCCCACCAGCAUGGAACCAAGGUAACAAUCCUAAUUGGAAUAGCAACAAAAAUGGUAACUGGAACCAAGGCAAUUGGUCAAAUGGUCAAGGUUGGGGAGGUAAUGGCUCAGGUCCCUCUGGAUCUAACAGCGGCUGGAACAAUAAGCCCCAGACGUGAGGCACAUAUUCGGAUUAUACAUACAGUGGAAAUCCCUUGUUAAAAUAAUCUUACAGCUGACAUAUUAUUAUGAAAAUGUGCAAGCUGAAAUUUGACAAUACACAAUUAACAUGCAAGCAGGUUGUUGUAUACUCUACGUAGUUUAUUUCUGUUUGAGUGGGAAAAGCCCUUAAGUUUCUUCUGGCACUUGCCGGUUGCUGCCUCGGCACAUUCGCUCAGCUCCUGCUUGCUGUUUCCAAGUAUUAUUUGUCUUUGUAACAGACAAUUUAUUAUUUAUGAUAUAGAAUAUGUAUGCUUUUUCGAGGGAACUGGAAAAAGAUACGAUGUACGGCCCACGCAGCUUGGAGGAAGAACAAUGGCUGCUGAAGCGAAAUAAAAAUCUGAAAAUUAUAUUAUUACUAUAAACAUGUUCUAUCUAA